AUGGCCUCUGCAAGGAAAGUCCCUGGGAAGCGGCAUAACCCAGUGGAAAGCAUUUGUAGAAAAAUCAGAGCCAUCCAAAGGAGAGAAGCCAUUUCAGAUCCGAUUCGACAGAUAAUCAAAUACCAGUCUAGCAGUUUUGAUAGUCCACAGACCAACACCAAGAGAAAUUUUGAAGAGGUACUGAGGAAACUGACAGCUGCUCGCAUUCCUGUGCCCGACUCUCAUUUGUCAAGUUAUGACACCGUUGACACCUUCGCUUCAGCUCCUCAAAUACUAUCUCCAGGAACCCCAUCCAGUGCUCACCUCAGCCCCCCUGAGGCUGAGACAUACUCUGUUAUUCUCACAAGCUCUGGAAACGUCUCGAAGUCGAGGUCGGCGAGCAAUAGGACUUACACAUCUUUGAUGUCACAGACCAGAAAACAGGAGUUCUCCUCUAGCGAGGGUUUGAAUAACUAUGCUAGUGACAAUCAUUUUAGUGCCUUAACACUCGACUUUGAUUCCAACUUUUGUCGGAGCUCUGAAUGUUUGGAUCCUCAGGUUUCAGUGGUCAAGAAAUUAUCUCUGAAUGAAGAUGAUCAGAUGGCCAGUAGUGGUGGACUUGCCCAAAUCUACGUGUCCGAUGACGACGAUGUUGAUGUGGAGCGCGAUCAAUCUUUUCCUUCAGCUCAGCAAACUUGCAGGCAAGUGAGCAGUGUGACAAUCCAGUACAGGAGCAUAGCCAGCGCUAAUUUGGCCUGGAUGGUUCAGGAUAAUCACCUGAGCAGUGAAGCCUGCUGCUUCCAUUGGUGGGUCAUUUUUGCUGUCACCAGCAACGUUGCCACGAUGAACAUCUUUGACAGACACGUUCUUGACGUUGAAACCCACGUUGUCCCCUGGAAGAGCCUCACUCAAAGCUUCAUGGUGCAUUUCAACGGACUUUACUUCAGUUGUAACAUUGACUGGAGCAAAGGUGACCACCAUGCCAGGUUUGAGAACACCAGUCUCCACUCGGCCCACAGGGACAGUGCCAAUACCACCAAUUUUGUAGACAUCCUGGAGAGGCAGACGCAAGGGCUUGUCAGUUGGACGAGUUGGUGGCAGGAUGCAAUCCAGAGCUUCAAGCAGUGUGGUUCCACUGGCAUUGCCAUCUUUACGGGUGACUUUCCAUCCCUUGAACCAAAGCAUGUUAGCACUUGGCUCCAACAUGUUGUCACCAUUCCAGCCAGAAAUUGGCACAAAUGCUACUGUGUCAGGGUUGUAGCCAAUUUUCUUAAUGGAGAUAUCAGUGGUGAUACCAUGCUCACACUCAGCUUUCAGUUUAUCCGAGACCCACGCAUACUUGAAGGAGCCCUUUCCCAUUUCAGCGGCCUCCUUCUCAAAUUUUUCGAUGGUUCCUUUGUCGAUCCCACCACAUUUGUAGAUCAGAUGGCCAGUAGUGGUGGACUUGCCCAAAUCUACGUGUCCGAUGACGACGAUGUUGAUGUGGGCUCAGUCGGAGUGGCCAAAAUAAUGGAUUACCUGAGACAAACACAUAGCCAUGAUUCUGAAGACAGUGGCCUUGAGGAGCUGUGGAAUGUGCUGGAUCCUGAGAAGAGAGACCCCCAUGUGGAUCUGGAAACUUUCCAAGCGCUCAUGAAAGAAUGGAUGGCUUACUGUAGAACCAAAUGGGAAGGAGCGACUAGUAGAUCAAGCAGCAGCAUCGAUGAUUCUGUGUUUGAGCAGCCGGACAGCAUUCAAUUGAGUGGAGCAAUUAAGAUGACCACAGGUAGGACAAAUUCCACAUCAGGGAGCUUCGAGGCUUUGGGUGGAGACACGUCUAGAGGAGUCUUAGAGGUGUCUGAUUUGAUUACUUAUGUAGCAGACCUACAUUUCAACAAGCAGAAGUUGGAAGAGGAGAAUAAUAAGUUUAAGUUGGCAUUAGAAACUUUGGAAGAAACUAACAGCCAGUUGUCACAGGACUGUGCUGAAUUACGCCUUCAGAUUAAAAGUGCCCACCAGGCUAUUAUGAGAACAAAUCUGUUAAAAGAAGAGCUGGAGGAACUGAAACUGAGUGUGAAUGCCUCAGAAGAGCAGAAGGCCGUGACUGUAGCCCAGAACAAACAGUUAGAGACAGAAAACCGGGCCCUAAUUCUUAAGAUUCGGAUUCUACAGGAAGAGAACAUGAAGAACAUCAUGGAUAUAGAUAAACUGGAAAAGACAAUUGAGGAAUUGUCUAAGACCGAGAUAGAGCACCAAAUGCAGUUAUACACAUAUGAGAACGCUUUACUUAAUAAAGAUGCAAGUUUGCAGAAGGUCGGUGCUGUUCCUUCCCAUGAAAGCCUGCAGAAUUGUGCCUUCACGUCAAGAAAUGGAAUCCGGUUGAAUGUUAGCGGAGAGCGUAAUAGUGUCAUCUCUGGAGAAAAAUCCUUACAUUAUGAACUCAUCCUUGCUCAGUCUGCAGAGGUAGGUAACGCUGAAGUGGCAGUGCAGUUUAAUCACUUGUCAUCUCUGGAUGUGAUGAUGAACCAAAAAUGCUGCUGCUACCAGAGAACACCUGAACAAAGAGGAGUGGAAUUCACAGCUACACUUCAGAAAAUGCAUGAAGAAGUUUCUGAAGUUGCAACCCUCAUUGAGAGAUUCUUACAGUGGGUAACUGACCCAGAAUUUACCAUGAAAGAAAAGUGGGAGAGACAGCUUACUGAAUUCAAACAUACUGUGGAAGAGAAGCUAAACCUUUGCAUAUUAAUGCUGGACAGCUUGGAAAACCACAAAGAAUCUCUUGAUAAAGAGUUUGCCAAAUUAAUGGAGACUUUGAAGAGAUCAAGGCUGGAAAACUUUUAUUUCAGAAAAGAAUUUCUUUCCAGUCAGAAACAGCUAGAAGCCAUUAGGCAACUGCAAGAAGAUGCUGUCAACCAGGAAGCCAUCCUCAGGAAGAGGCUCCAGGAAGCCGGCCAACGGCUGGCGGAUGCAGAGGAACAGGUUAAGGAUCGAGAUCGGGCAGCCCACUCUGCCAGGGAAAAAGCUGCGUCCCUACUGCAGAAAUUAGAGGAAGCAAUUUCAGAACAACGGAACCUGCAAACUCUAAAUGCUGAGUUAUCGGACGCUUGUCAGACCCUUGGGCAGAAGACAAGGAAACUGAAAAAUGCCUUAUCUCUGGAUAGUCUUACAGCAAUUCCAAGGCUGGAAGUGACGUCCUUUUCAUGUGUAGCCAACCAAAUCCAUGCUUCGUGUGAAAAGCCCAAAUAUGAAGAAAUAAAGGAUGGUGCUUUGGCUGUGACAAGACAACACAAGUGUCCAGGCCUCACAGGAGGCCCCCACCCAGGAACAGAUCUUCCAGGUAGCAUCAGGAUGAACGAUGACCUAAGGAUGGAAGCUUAUAACAAACAACGUGACCUGGUGUUCAAGGCUCUCUCUAACCUGGUUGCAACCUACCUGUCUACUUUUAGUUUCCCGUCACUGCCUGUGGCUGUCCCUGAAUGUCAGGCAAACCAGGUAGCUCGUAUCUUCGGAACAUAUCGCACAAACCUGUUGGUGCUGUUUCCUCCGCCCAGAGCACUGUUCCCGUUUCCAUUUAUCAAACUUCUAUUUGAUUGUCAAGGCGCAUUUCAAAAACCAAUAAAGCUUUUCUUGUGGUAGCAUAAAAUGUUGCCAGUCAGGCAUCUCUAGUCCUUCUUGAUGUGGAAAUCGUAACAGACAGGGGGGGAUCAGGUGUUUCCCAGGGUUGGCCCUUUGUGUGAACUCUGGAAAAGUCUGGAAAAGUCUCAUGGUUUUAAGCCUCAGUUUCCUCAUGUCUCAACUAUCCCACUCAGGAAAAAACUAACUUCAUUCCUUUCUCUGAGACUCCAAUAACUCUUUGGCCUCCCUUCUCUGUCGCUUAUAUUCUGGUUGCAGCAUAGUUAUUCAUUUUCUUGUAUUUACUCCUAUAUUAGAUCAGCUCGCCAGAGGAUUCCUUUAUUUGGCCACUAACAAAUAUGCAUCUAGCACCCUGUAUAGGUUUAUAGACAGUAGUGCCUGAUAAUGUUUGUUGAAUGUCUCUUUGUUUAUUUUGACUCACCACAGGGUCUAUUUAAAACAUUGACAGCGAGGCACUUAAUUAAUUUACUGCUUUCUGUCUCCUUUCUUUGGCCUGGAGCUCCUAAGUGCAGGAUUUACCUUCUUUUCCUUCUCCACAUUCACAGCAGAAGCUGUAUUCUGGCAUCUUUAUCAGAAUGCACAAUGUAAGAGAACAAUGAACAUCAGUAUUUUUAAAAGGGUCUUUGAGAGAGCAAAGGACUCUAAGAGGAAUGUCUCAAAUAGAACAUCUCAUAGUAAAAUAAUUUGGAGCCCAUUUUGGGACAUUCUUCAGGAAACUUCUUUAUUGACCUAAUGACUUAGUUUAUUUGUGGUCUUCUGGUAUAGCUUGGAAAGAAGGAAAUAAAUUAUUUCCAGAUAAAUUAUUUUUUAUCUUUUAGAGAUUCAUAGUCAAAUAUUUAUGGAUGAAAUGUUACAGUAUCUGGGAUUUGCUUCAAAGCAAUGCAGGGGUAGGCUUAGUGGGUAAGAGGGCUUGAAACAAGAUUAGUUGCAGGUUAAGAAUUAUUGAAUGUGUGUGAUGGAUAUAUAAGGAUUAAUUUUUCUGUUCUGUCUGCUUGUGUAUUUAUAUGAAAAUUUUCCUAGUAAUUUUUUAGAAUUUUUAGUCACAUGGUAUAGGCUUUGGAAUCAAGUAGACCUAGGCUUAAGGCGGGCUCUAAGCCAGGUGCAGUGGCUCACGUGUAUAAUCCUAGCACUCUGGGAGGCAGGAGGAUUGC